AUGGCCUCAACAUGCAUUCGUGGCGCUCUUGGCCUGCAACGCGCAUCCAAUGCUACUCAAAAUGCAUCUCGAAGAGCCUUCACCCAAUCCACCUUCCGCUCAAAACAGCUCCCGUCCUUCAUAGAGACCUCCAAUGAAGAGCUCAACAACGUACUUGCAACGCUCCGAACAAAACACUUCAUCCCGAAAUAUUUAAGCAAGCCAGAGCGCAAGCUCAUUCAGUCGCCGAAUAACAAGCAGUAUCUAGAAGAGAAUCCCCAGACUGCCCAAAUCGGCGAAGAAGAAAUCGAGCUGGAAUGGAUCGACGUUGCUGAACGACCUUCUGCAGUAUCUCUUUGCAGAGAAGCAUUGAGACUCAUUGUCGACUCUGAGGGCAACUCAUGGGAGAAUCUUCCGAGGUUGCUGCGAGCAAUGGCUGAACCAAGGCGCCGCGGUAAAGGUACCACGCCAUUGAAAAGCACGGAUCUCGAGCGCAUUGUACGCAAAGCUGUCAAUCAGCACAAACUCCCAGUCAUAUUUCGCUGUCUCCAACCGAAUGCGGCUACUGGCAUGUCAGUAAUGGAUCGGCGGCUGUUGCGAGCACUGAUAGUGGGAGUGAGGCGGACUGCCUUGAGGAGCAAUUGGGAGAAGAAUCAUGUCGCCGUUGCGCUCGAACGCUUUCAGGAAAUCAUGUCAUUGCUAGAAAGCGAGGGUGGCAAAUACAUGAGACCUGGUGACCCCAGGAAGAAACCAGAGAUGUUGGGAGCUUUGCUUGAACUCGCUGCCGUGUACGCUUAUAAGCAUGGUGGAGGCGAGGACACCAAUGGCGUGGUCAAAACUUAUGCUGACAGGCUGUUGAGUAUCCUUGAAACAAAUCCCCUGAAAUACAACGCAGACACAUUCAUUACGAUCAAGGACGGCACAGGGUACGACCAAAAUCAUGAUCUACGCUACUGGAGCUUCAUGCUCAGUGUGCCCAUCUAUCACGGACUGCUUCUCGCCGAGAAAGUACUUGGCAACAGCUUGCCUCGAUCGGACACGGCGAAGAUUAUCAUAUCUCAGUACGAGGCGAGAUUGGAGAGCUUGGCGUCGGAGAUUGAAUUGAGGAAGAAUUCUUACAAAAGGAAUGCGUAUGAAGUUGAAGCUCUGGAGGCAUGGAAUCAGUGCAUACGGAAGUAGCAUAAGUUGCGACAGCACUUACCCGUGCUACGAAACCACCAAACAGCAAAGUUCUGGACGUGUUCUCAAUCUCGCCACAGCACCAGGAAAGAACAUCGCGGCAGCGCGGGCCCCGAAUGUGAAGGCAAGAGUGUAGAGCAAUUUUCAUGGGCGGCAAGCGUAGCUUUGCAGAUAAUUUGAGGACUGCAUCG